AUGCCUCCACGGAUACCACCGUCCGCCGCAUCAAUUGCGUUGCCAGCGCCAUCUGUCCAUACCCAUUGCAAAUCAUGUCUGAACCGCUUGUUCUCCUCGACUCCGGCUCCUCAUACGAGGCAACGAUCCCAAUUUCUGCUCUGGCUUCAGGGCCCGGGUGAAAAUUUCCGACAUCCUUUACCCGGUUCCACUAAUUAUCUCUCUGCAUACAAUCGCAAAGGCCAACUACUUCGAGGGGGCGACAGCCCUUCAAGCCAGUCUCCAAACCCGUCUAAUGCACCACUUACAGAAGAUGAAAAGGCUCUCGAAGCCGCUACCGAAGAGCCCAAAGUCCCUAGGGAGACCGAAGACGACUUGCGGCCCUUCCCUCUUAAUAAGCAUUUUAUUUCCCAAAGUAUAUUGUCAGACGAGCUGCGAGAAGAGAUAUGGCGUCGAGUUCAAGAGGUUGGAAAAUCUGUCCGACAAGUCUCGGUUGAGAUGGGCGUGGACAUGCGCAGAGUAGCUGCGGUCGUCAGACUUGUGGAGGUCGAGAGGAGGAUGAAGGCAGAGGGAAAACAACUUGCUCUCCCCUAUGCCCGAGCCAUCCACUCCAUGGUCCCCGUGAAUCGAAUGAACCCCAUGACACGCAAACCCAUGGAACCGCAUGAAUCCAUCAACGACCUCGACCAACAUCCUUUCACGUACCCCCAAAUUUUCUAUCCAGCCUCUGAAUCUCGAGCAUUCAACCGUACCGACGCCGGGCGCGUCUUCAGCGGUGCCCCCCGUCUCCCAGAUGACCAGGACAUCGGACAAGGCGGCAAACCAGCCCAAGAACCCUGGCAGGACACCAAGCCCGAGUACGUAGGCAAGCCAGGCCACCAACACCCAAUCUUGAAACCCGCCGACUCACGUAUCCCCCAUCCGCACCUAAUCGCGUACGAGAAAGACAAGCAAAGCAAGUCCUUUAGCAACACUGAGGUCCACGCGCGAUAUUUGCAGCGCCUCCAGGAAGACGAAGAGAAGAGGAAAGAUGCUAGGGAGCGUCAAACUGCUGCCGAGGAGAGCAAGAAAACUCGUAUCGACAACGGUAGAUGGCAAUUUGUCGUCACUGAAGUCAUGGCGACGAGGAGGGGAACCGGUCUCGAUGGUCGUGGCACACGCAGUCCUGGUAUACGUUACGGUGUGCCCAGUCAACAUAGGAAGAAGGGCCAUGUCAAGAUCCCGACCGAUGUGCAGGUUUAA